AUGUCGUACAAAAUCUCCGCCCCCGACGAGUACCUCGCCAUCACCGGCAUGGGCAUCAAGAAUGUCAAAAUCACAAAAGCCACCUGGGUCUGGCCCCUGCAGCGCUGCACCCGCUUCAGCGUCCAGCCCCAGGACUACGCCAUGGACCUGCUGGCCAUGACCAAGGAGAAGCUGCAGUUUGCCCUGCCCGUCGUCUUCACCGUCGGGCCCGACGUCAACUCGCGCGGCGCCAACACGACGGCCCCCGCCAGCGGCGAGGAGCAGGACGACCUGGCCCGCGAGGACCGCGGCGACGCCCUCAUGAAGUACGCUAUGCUGCUCUCCCAGGGCGACGACGCCAAGGAGGGCCGCGACGAGAAGCGCCGCCACGUUGCCAACAUUGUCAAGGGUAUCAUCGAGGGCGAGACCCGCGUGCUCGUGUCGAGCAUGACCAUGGAGGAAAUCUUUACCGAGCGCGAAAUGUUCAAGAAGCGCAUCUUUCACAACAUUCAGAGCGAGCUGAACCAGUUUGGCCUGCGCAUCUGGAACUCCAACGUCAAAGAGCUGAAAGACGCCCCCAACUCCGUCUACUUCGAGUCCCUCUCCCGCAAGGCCCACGAGGGCGCCACCAACCAGGCGCGCAUCGACGUCGCCGAGGCGCAGCUCAAGGGCAACGUCGGCGAGUCCAAGCGCCGCGGCGAGCAGGAGCGCGAAAUCGCCAAGAUCCACGCCGAGACGGCCGUGCAGAAGACGGAGCGCGACAUUGAGCGCGCCGCCGCCGGCGCCCGCCUCAGCACCAAGCAGACGGCCCUCGACCGCGACGUCGACAUUGCCAAGGUCACGGCCCAGCGCACCAUCCAGUCCACCGACGAGGACCUCAAGAAGGAGGUUGAGAUCAAGCGCGCCGCCGCCGAGCUCGAGCGUCUGCGAGCCGUCGACGUCGUCAAGGCGACGAUUGCAAAGGAGAGCACCCAGCAAAAGGCCGACGCGGCGGCGUACGAGAUUGCGGCCGAGGCGAGGGCCAAGCAGGAGGCCAAGCAGAGAGACGCCGAGGCCGACGCCUUCAGGGUCAGGGUCGACGCCGAGGCCGGCAGCUACGCGACGCAGCAGACGGCCGACGCCGACGUGGUGAGGCGCCUCAAGGAGGCAGAGGGCAUGGCGGCCAUGGCCGACGCGUACGGCAAGAUGUCGACGGCCUUUGGCGGGCCCGCGGGGCUGCUCCAGUACCUGAUGAUUGAAAAGGGCACCUACGUCGAGCUGGCCAAGGCCAACGCCGCGGCGAUUCGCGGCCUCGAGCCCAAGAUUUCCGUGUGGAACACCGGAAGCAGCGCUGGUGGUGGUGGUGGUGGCGGCAGCAGCGAUGCGGCGGAUGCGAUGCGCAACGUCUACCAGAUGCUGCCGCCGCUCAUGACAACCAUCAACGAGCAGACGGGCAUCACGCUCCCCGAGUGGCAGUUUGGCAAGCUGAAUGCCGCGCAGCAGGCGAUGCAGCAGGAGCAGGGCCAGGCCAAGGCCAAGGUCAACGGUGGGCGUUGA